AUGAGUGACUACAUCGGUAGUGUCGAAGUGGCUUUUGCUGCAACAUAUGCUAAAGUUCCUGUUUCAGCGAUCAGAAUCUCAACAGAACCACCACCGACUCUAAAUGUGGAAGAAGCUGAGAAGUCUGCUGGAUUUUUCAGUUUUGAAAAUGAUACCGAAUUUAAACAACGGUUCAUCAUAUGGCGUGCGUUGGGUUCUAAUUUAUAUCUGGAAGAGCACUGUAUGGACAUCCCUUUAGUAGAAAAUAGUCUUUGUAUUAGUCUUCAUUCUUCACAAAUUAUUCCUGGCACUUGCAUAUUUUAUGCAGAUUCCUUUCUUUUUAUUUAUUGUCCUACACAAACUGCGCUGCACCGGUUUUUCCUUCAUAUACCUGUUGGAUUUGCUAUGUCGGCAAAGUCUUUACUAAGUCUACUUCAUGAGCGUUCAAACCAUUUGCGGGAAAUCCAUGACAGCUACGAACUGAAUUCGCAGAGUAUUGCUGUCCGAGCUCAUAUUGCUUAUACAAAACUAGAGUUGUUCAGUGUUUUUUUCCUCCGUGAUACGCAGCUUAUCAAACUUGAAAUGAGCAGUGUCCCUGCGACCCUUCCGAAUGUUGAAGUAACUUAUCUUCACAGUGAAGGGAUUCUGCAACGUAUGGUAGGAUCUACGACAGUAAGGAAUGUGUCUAGUCUUGCUUCUUAUACAUUGAACAACGAAUGUUUUUUCUUCGUUCUUUUUACUAGUGGCAUUCUGCAAGUUUAUUUGAAGCAACGACUGGAAUACAACAAAAAUUUAACUGAGUGUCUGGGUAGGGAGCUUUCUCAGACGCAAGAAUCGCUAACUUUUAUGACUAUUAAAGUGCAACAGGUUGAUCAGCUUUUACUUCUACUUUGCCAUGUUCAGAGUGGCAACAAUGAGAAUUGCAUAAUGAUUUCAAGAACUUGUGUUUCGGAUAUGUGGAAACCUAAAGAUUCCUUGAAACAGUUCCAAACUGUUCCAGUUCCAGCCAUAUACGUUGUUGACUUCUCGUGUUUUUUUUGUGAUGGCCACGAUAAACUGAUUGUUUUGUCUAGGAACGAAUUCAAAUAUUCAGUCUUUUUAACUGCGAAUAUUGAUUGGGAAACGGGAGAGUUGGAUACGUGGGAAGUUACUCGUAGUCCUUCCAUUUGUAGUGUUAAGGACGACGAUUUUGGAACAGAUAGUAGUAGUGACGUGAACAAGAAAAGUCUUCGAAUUUUUGACCAGAACAACUAUUCAUUUGAUGUGGUUUUACGUUCUGCUAUGCUUGUGUGUAAGCAUCGUUCCUGCGAAGUACAACUACAAAGAUUGUUACCGAAUGACUGGAAUGGCUUGAGGAAUAUAAUUGAGUUUUAUGUCGCUGCUCCGCAAUUUGAGGCUCAGUCUCUGAGCCGGACAGAGAAGAAACAAAGUCGUAGUGGCAGGAGUGAUGAGAACCCAAAAUUGAAGUUUUGGACAGCUUUGGAAAAAAGCUGUAAUGAGUUGCUCGAAGCAAAUUGUUUUCCACUUGGGGUUUGGCAUUCGAAUUCAAGCGGUUUAUACGGUGCCUUGCAAAAGGGUCGCUUUACUGUUUGUGUGGCUGAAGAUAAAAAGUUGAAGUGGCUGGAUGGGAUGUUAUUACCGUAUAGUCAGGAACGGCUUGUUAAUGACGCAUUUAUUGAAUGCUUUGAUAUUGGUCGACGAUUUUUGACGUCCCAGGAAGAAGUUGUUAUUCCGGAGGAAGAUAGUGAUUCAUUUGUCUCUUACUUUUCAAUCAUAUCUGAGGUAGCCGCUAAGUUUCUCAAGAACCUAGUUGAUUCUUGCACAGUGGAGGUAAAAAAACGAGAGCAUUGCUUAACAGACCAUCUCUUUGUUGAGUCGUAUAGCGCUGCUUUUUUCCCCGGCUUAGUUUCGGCUGCUGUACGCCAAAGAAUAAUCGACCGGUUGUUUUUCACAGAUGCUAUGUUGUCUAUCAUAAAGAUUUAUUACCUAACAUCCCAGGUUUUGAGAGGAAUACGUACAGGUUUUCAAUUUAACUCUUUAGUAUUUGGUGAUGACUGGGAUGUUCAUCUAUUUAUGACUCACGAGGCUUUUUUGUUCGUUAUUAAUCACAAGACUCAGAUGGAAGUCUCUGUUGGUGAUGCGUUCUUUUCUGAUGGAGGGCUUGACGUUAUAAAAAGUUAUUUCUUAUCUGAGGAGUAUUCAGGAGAUGGCAAUUUGAGCGUUGAGGACGCACCUGUUGCUAAGAGUCUUAGACCUUCAUUAACAGAUUUAUUGCCAGAUAUUGUUACUACUGCAAUCGCAGUUUUGUGGCCUGAAAAUGUGGAAAUGCUUCUUGCACAGUAUCUGACAAAAACUGGACAGUUUGACGCUCUAUUGAAUCACUGUCUGUUGAAUGACCCAUGGAGCCCUGAACUCUUUCACGCGUUUCAAUUCUUUAAAGGGAUAGCUUACUCUGGUAUUGGACAGCCUGAAGAUGCUACACGUGUGUUUUUUGACGCUUACAAAGGCAUAGAAGAAGGAGAUGAAGCACUGAUGAAAGCUGUCUUCCCCGGGAGAAGCGGCUCAUCACCAGAGUAUUUCCUAAAAGUAAUGGAAGUUAUGGAGGGACGGAACUGCAGCGAAGAAAUAGUCACUAUGGGUCGCUUAGCACUGCAGAAAGUUGGAACAAAUGAUCCGUUGAUAACUCUCAUCUAUACCACAUUAUUCAAACACGAAUUGGCCACAUCGCGUUAUUCUGACUGUGUUCGCACAUUGUUGAAAAAUCCAUCGAAUGAUAAUCGGAAGAUGUGUUUGAGAGAACUAGUUGCAAAGCUUAUUGACUGCAAUAAGAUGAAGGAGCUAAUCAUUCUGGAUUAUGGGAUCAUGCAGGAUUAUGUAGUAGAAAUUCUGGAAGCUCGUGCUAGAAGUGUUGGAGUCGACGCAGCUGCUUCAGUCUCGUCAAGUGAAGCUGAGGACAAAGAAGCCCACGAAACUGCUCUUCAGGAAAAGAAUUUGAAAGGAAAAUCUGUUACUUCUGUCAAUCUGCUGAGUGAAUCUGACAUCGUUAAGGAAUUUGUGGUAGAAGACGCACGUUUGGCACUUUUCGAUGAACAUAGUAAGGUUUCUGGAGGACUUGAAACUUAUUCCCCUCCAACUAAUGUCAGCGAUAUCUUAAACGAACUGAUUGAGAAGCGACUGUUUCAAAGGGCAUGGUUUCUGAUCAGGGCGUUCGAGAUGCCACCAUAUGAUGUAAUAAAGGCAUUAGUUAAGGAAUGCAUUAAUCACUAUGCGUCAGGAGUUACUAAAGACCCAGCGUGGGCUUCGUACAUAACCAAGGAAAUUCCGUCGGCAAGCGAGAAAGAUUCUUGUGCUGCCAUCCUGCGAGGGUACAUUGAGAUGGCAAUACGUACAUUCCCGAAUGACUCAAGGGUUCUUAGGUCGGCGUGUGACAUCUUCCUACAACAUAAAUGGCCGUUGCCGUGCUGGCUGUCGUCAUACUAUGAAGAACAUUUCUUGGCGGAUUUUUUGAACCUCCUGUUGCUUUACGGCAGACUUGAAGAAGCCUGCGCGUCUGUGAUAAAGGCUGUCGACCUGGCAGCUCGGGAAGUCAUUGUAAAGGGAGCCCAGGUGUUGCUACCAUAUACAGCAAUAGACCAACUUUACUAUUUGGUGUCGACGUGUGACAAUACAGCUAUCAAAAAGGACAUCGGUCGGCUAGAAGCCAGGCUACAGUUUUACUUUAAUCAGCUUGACUCGUUCAGUAGAGGGUAG